UCUAUUAUCUUUCUUCUUCAAAGCCACCACAUUUCAUUGACUUCCCAUUUUCUCUUACCAAAAUACUUCAUUUUUCUUCCUUCUUCUCUUUUUUAUUUUUCUUCAAUUUAUGCUAAUUAAAUUGAAUCAAAAGAAAAAAAAAAGUUGUUAGUUGUGUAAUGAUCAUGGAAGAUUAAUUUCAUUUUUGAUUAUUGGAAAAUUCAAAGUAAUUAAAGAUAUAGAAAAUGAACGGUGGUGAUCGAGUUCUAAGACGACGAAAGAGUCUAACUGAACGGCUAGGAUUAAAGAGAAUCGGAUGUUGCGGGUCCACUUGGGGUAUCAUGCCAGCAACAACGUUUGAUGUUGUUGACGAUGAAGACGAAAACGACAACGUAGAAGUGAUGAGUCAUCAUAUCCACACACCGCCACAAACACCGUGUCUGGCGGUGGCCGGAGGAGGAAGUUCCGGAAUGAAUUUGGCGGCUGCAUUGGCCGCCGAACGCCACUUCAGAGCGGAUAAUAAUGAAUUCAAUACCCUUUCGGGUUCAAGGCCCGGCCCAAACUCAAACUCGGGCCCAUUGAGACCCGAUGAAAGCAGCCCAACGAAUGUACCAACUUAUGACGACAAUGAAGUCAACAUUCAUUCGGGCCGACGGCUUAGGCCCGGCCCGAACUCAGUUUCGGGCCUACCGAGGACCGAUGGAGGUGUCUCGGGAAAUAUUCCGGGGACGCCAACGAGAAUGUCGUUGAUGAGGUUGUUAGAGGAAACAGAAGUGUAUGAAGGAGAAUUAUUGAUUGAGAAAGGAGAAGAGGGGGUGGGGAGUGAUAGUGUGUGUUGUGUGUGUAUGAGAAGAAAAAAAGGAGCAGCAUUUAUACCAUGUGGUCACACAUUUUGUAGAGUGUGUUCAAGAGAGCUUUGGGUAAAUCGAGGUUGUUGUCCACUUUGUAAUAGAUCCAUUCUUGAAAUUCUCGACAUUUACUAAGAAGAAUCCAAUGUUUUGGUUAUGCUGAUUUCAGAUUUGUCAUAUAAUAUAUACUUGUAUGUACAAUGUAAAUAGUACUAUUUUCAUGAAUGUUAGGGAAAUGGAAUUACUAUCGUCGAAAAA